CAAGCCGGAGCGGACAUUUAGGGGAGUCUCGCUUGGACCUGGACCGUCUGGCUGGUCGCUGUGCAGUCGGGAUGGCCAGCGGGGAUUUUUUGGCCUGCAUGAAUUCACCGGAGCAUAAAAACUGGCUGAAAGCAGUUUAUUGUCUCCGUCAAAUCAUGAGGGAACCCCUCGCAUUGUACACCAAUGACCAGAUGAAAUCCUUCCACCGGGAUCUGCGCCAGCAAAACGUUUUUCUACAAACAGCGUGUAACACUCCUCCCAGGCUGAGAAGAGACGAGCUGUCUCAGCCAUGUGAAUCCUGCUCGAGGUGGAUGGACGUGAUCAUGCAGCACCACAGGCAGCCCACUGUCACAGUGAACUGGGACAACUGCAACCCCUCCCACUGGAGACACGAUUACUGGGAGGUGGCCAAGGCGUAUAUGCCGCGGGGCCUCAAGAAAGUGGGGAGGGCACACGAGUGCGACACCCCUGCUCUGCUCAACCUGAUCAACUUCUGUGAUCACUUCAAGUUAGACACCACAGUGGUCAGACAGGUGAUCCAGUACAGAAAUGAGCUGGUGCAUGCGAUAUUUAAGGUGAAUGAUGAGUGGCUGCAUGGCUUCCGCACCAGUCUGAGCAACCUCAUAAGGCAGUUCCACAGCGAACCAUGGAUGGAAAAGGUCCAGCAACAAAUACAAGAGACGCUGGCGUUGGAUUUGUCGAUAUCUAUUGUCUUCCAAGGCCACGCUGCUGAUGGCCUUGUUGCUGAUAACAUGAAUUAUGCCAUCGCUCAAGGACCCGCACGUGACGACGCUGACAGCCGACGGAGCGAACUAGCUUUCUCAAUCCGCCAAAUGCAAGUCCAGUCGCUUCGAGAGACGGUGCAUGAGCUGCUGUAUGGUGAAGACACACAGGACUCUGAGGAGUUGGCGAUGCUCAGCAGCUUCCUGCAGGCCAACAGAAACCUGGAACAGCUUUUCUCUGCAGAGCUUCAGACCAUCAGGUCACUGAGGGAGGAGAGGAAAUGAGAUGAGAAAGGAGGAACAUCUCUCUAAACCGUUGAAUGCCAUAGGUCAACCCGUUAAUAACCACGGAGAGACACAAAGAAAAAAAAUACAAAGGAGCGGGACCAAAACUCUACUUGUCUUUCCUUUUAAGCCUUUUGGAGGCUGUUUGUUCUAUAUUUAUAUAUGAAGCAGCUUAGGUACUUUCACUGCUUAAAGGCCCCAUGCUGUACACUUUUACAGGGUUUUAUUUUAACCGUUGAUAUCCCCAGCAAGAUGUAUUUGUGGUUUUGAGUACCUUUGGUCUGCUAAACAUAGUUUCACAGCUCCUCUCUCUUGCUUUUCUCCCGGAGCUCUGGCGGCACGGUUCGUUUAGCCAAUCAGAAGAGAGAAUCAGCACCUCUCCACUGAUUGGCUGACUGUUUUCUGAGUGAAACAUUGUUGGGCCAUUCACAAGCAAGUAACUGAAACCCAGUUGUUGAAUUGUUCUUAUUUUACUCCCUGCAAAUGUUUACAGUGAUUAUUCUGAUCACUGACCCCUCCCUGUAUUCUUGGGACGCACUUUGAAACAAAUCAGGUCUAUCUGCAGGUUGACAGGAGGGCAGGGUUAAAUAACUGUGGGCUGCUGUUAAAAAUUUCAAACAAUAAAACCUUGACAAAUCUUUAAACAUCCUCUCUCAUCCACCGAUCCCUUCAAAUAAAACUGUUUCUCUCCCAAACUGAAAUCCCUUUGUUUUGCACUUGUGAAUGAUCCUUCCCUGCCCUAUGUCCCGUCCAAACAUCGUGUUUCAACAAGAAAUACAUCAAAUCAAGAAAGUGAGAGUCUAUUUCAUAGGGUCUUUAAUGCUUCAGAUGAUUUUGGUUAUGCUGAGUGGAGUAUGGAGGGCUGGCUGGCCCAGAAGGAGCUUGUCUCUCUGUGGUUCUUCUAAAGGUUUCUCCCAUUUUCCCCCUCUCCUUCUGGCCUUAGAGGUUCUCAGGAGUUUUUUUAACAUGUGUAUUUGUUUCCUAUGAACUGGGGGCCUGUAAAGCCUUGUGAAUUUUGUAACUGAUUAAAGAUUCUAAGUUCGCUGAAACUUUAAUAAAAUUUGAAAUGUGAAA